AUGGAGAGUCAGCGAGAGCCUGUGAUUGGCUACAAGAAGCUGGUGGACCCGCCCUCUCCCUCACGCUUGAGAAACUCCGCUGCGGGUCUGUGGAGCCAGAAGCCAUUCGUCGCUGUUCUCAUCCCAGCUUCUUCAGUGCGUGAGAGUCUUAGCGGCGCUCUACACCUGCCCACGGGCCGUAUGGCUGCUUCACCACCUGAGUACCGCCCACCUUCCCACGCUCGUUCAGUCACCACCCUGAGCUCCAACCACCAUCCCACUCACCUUCAGUCACCACCUGAGCUCCGCCCACCGUCCCACUCACUUUCAGUCAACACCCGAGCUCCACCCAUCGUCCCACUCUACUUCAGUCAACACCAGACCACCGCUCACCGUCCCAUUUUCCCUCGGUCACUAUCCGAGUUCCGCACACCGUCCCACUCUCCUUCAGUCACCACCCGAGCUCCACCCACCGUUCCACUCUCCUUCAGUCAACUAACGAGCUCCGCCCACCGUCCCACUCACUUUCAGUCAACACCCGAGCUCCUCCCAUCGUUCCACUCUACUUCAGUCAACACCAGACCACCGCUCACCUCACCACCUGAGCUCCGCCCACCGUCCCACUCUCCUUCAGUUACCACUCCGAGCUCCGUCCACCAUCCCACUCUCCUUCAGUCACCACCUGAGUACCGCCCCACCGUCCCACUCUCCUUCAGUCACCACCCGAGCACCGCUCACCGUCCCAUUUUCCUUCAGUCACUACCCGAGUUCCGCCCACUGUCCCACUCUCCUUCAGUCACCACCCGAGCUCCACCCACCGUUCCACUCUCCUUCAGUCAACUACCGAGCUCCGCUUACCGUCCCACUCACCUUCAGUCUACACCCGAGCUCCGCCAAUCGUCCCACUCUACUUCAGUCACCACCCGAGCACCGCUCAACGUCCCAGUCUCCUUCAGUCACCACUCCGAGCUCCCAUUCAACUUCUUCACCACCCUGAGCUCCGCCCACCAUCCCACUCAACUUCAGUCACCACCUGAGUACCACCCACCUUCCCACUCUCCUUCAGUCACCACCUUGAGCUCUGCCCACCAUCCCACUCAACUUCAGUCACCACCUGAGUACCGCCCACCUUCCCACUCUCCUUCAGUCACCACCCUGAGCUCCGACCACCUCACCACCCUGAGCUCCAACCACCAUCCCACUCACCUUCAGCCACCACCUGAUCACCACCCGAGCUCCGCCCACCGUCCCACUCACCUUCAGUCACCACCCGAGCUCCGCCCACCGUCCCACUCACCUUCAGUCAACACCCGAGCUCCGCCCACCAUCCCACUCACCUUCAGCCACCACCUGAGUCCCGCCCACCUUCCCACUCAACUUCAGUCACCACCUGAGUACCGCCCACCGUCCCACUCUCCUUCAGUCACCACCCAAGCUCCGCCCACCGUCCCACUCACCUUCAGUCACCACCCGAGCUCCGCCUACCGUCCCACUCUACUUCAUCACCACCCGAGCUCUGACCACCGUCCCACUCUCCUUCAGUCACCACUCCGAGCUCCGCCCACCGUCCCACUCUCCUUCAGUCACCACCCGAGCUCCGCCCACCAUUCCACUCUCCUUCAGUCAACUACCAAGCUCCGCCCACUGUCCCACUCUCCUUCAGUCACCACUCCGAGCUCCAUCCACCAUCCCACUCUCCUUCAGUCAACACCCGAGCUCCACCUACCGUCCCACUGUCCUUCAGUCACCACUCCGAGCUCCGUCCACCAUCCCACUCUCCUUCAGUCAACACCAGAGCACCGCCCACCAUCCCACUCUCCUUCAGUCAACACCCGAGCUCUGACCACCGUCCCACUCUUCUUCAGUCACCACUCUCAACACCCGAGCUCCACCCACCGUCCCACUCUCCUUCAGUCACCACCCGAGCUCCGCCCACCAUUCCACUCUCCUUCAGUCAACUACCAAGCUCCGCCCACCAUCCCCCUCACCUUCAGUCAACACCCGAGCUCCGCCCAUCGUCCCACUCUCCUUCAGUCACCACUCCGAGCUCCGCCCACCGUCCCACUCUCCUUCAGUCACCACUCCGAGCUCCAUCCACCAUCCCACUCUCCUUCAGUCAACACCCAAGCUCCGCCCACCGUCCCACUCUCCUUCAGUCACCACUCCGAGCUCCGUCCACCAUCCCACUCUCCUUCAGUCAACACCCGAGCUCCGCCCACCUUCCCACUCUCCUUCAGUCAACACCCGAGCUCCGCCCACCAUCCCACUCUCCUUCAGUCACCACUCUCAACACCCGAGCUCCGCCCACCUUCCCACUCUCCUUCAGUCAACACCAGAGCACCGCCCACCAUCCCACUCUCCUUCAGUCACCACUCUCAACACCCCGAGCUCCGCCCACAGUCCCACUCUCCUUCAGUCAACACCCGAGCUCCGCCCACCAUCCCACUCUCCUUGAGUCAACACCAGAGCUCCGUCCACCGUCCCACUCUCCUUCAGUUAACACCCGAGCCACGCCCAACGUCCCAAUCUACAGACUUCAUCACGUCUAUGCAGCUGCGAGCCUCUCCGAAGGCCGAGUGUCAUCAGAGUCUGUGUCUGAGUACCUCUCCUCUGGGUCACAGACACAGGUCCACAGCUGUCCGGCCGGUUUCUCAGCCUCAUGCUGAUAGUAAUGGACUGCGCUCAGUUCUUCUUAUUGGUCAACAUGAGCUGCUCCGCACUGCAUAG